CCGCGCAGCCCCGCGCAGGCCGCCGGCCCCGGAGGAGCGCGUGCGGGCCUCGGCGACAGCUGCAGCCGGACGGCCCCCCGGGGCCAGCACCCCCCGAGCGCGCCCUCCCGCCCGCGGCCACCCGAGGCCGACGCUGGCCCGGCCGGCGCGCCCCGCAGGCGGCCGGAGCGCGGCCUCGGCCUCCGCCUCGGCGGGAGCGAGCCCCGGGCCGCAGCCCGCGGGUGGCGCCGGCGGCCGCGGGCACUGACGGCGUCGCGGGACGCUCCCGGGCGGCGGCGCACGGGGCGGAGGCAGGGGGCGCCCCCAGCCAGGAUGCUGCGGUUCCUGCGCCGGACCUUUGGCCGCCGCUCCAUGCAGCGCUACGCGCGCGGCGCGCCGGGGCGCGGGGCCGCCGGGCUGGGGGACGAACGCGACGGGGGGCUCCGGGGGUGCCCGGCCGCCGCUGCCGCCGCCCCCUCGGCGCUGCCCGUCGCCCCCGGGGGCAGCGUGUUCCCGGCCGGCGGCGGCCCGCUGCUCACGGGUGGCGCGGCCGUGCACAUCUCCGCCGCCGGCGCUGCCAAGGCCACCCUCUACUGCCGGGUCUUCCUGCUCGACGGGACCGAAGUGAGCGUGGACCUGCCGAAACAUGCCAAGGGCCAGGAUUUGUUUGAUCAGAUCGUGUACCAUUUGGACCUCGUGGAAACAGAUUACUUUGGCCUCCAGUUCCUCGACUCUGCCCAGGUGGCGCACUGGUUGGAUCAUUCCAAACCCAUAAAAAAGCAGAUGAAAAUUGGACCUGCUUAUGCUUUGCACUUCCGAGUUAAGUACUAUUCUUCAGAACCGAACAACCUUCGUGAAGAGUUUACAAGGUACCUGUUUGUUUUACAACUCAGGCAUGACAUUCUUUCUGGAAAAUUGAAAUGCCCCUACGAAACAGCUGUGGAACUAGCUGCUCUCUGCCUGCAAGCAGAGCUUGGGGAAUGCGAGCUUCCAGAACACACACCAGAGCUGGUGUCUGAGUUUCGGUUCAUUCCAAAUCAGACUGAGGCAAUGGAGUUUGAUAUCUUCCAGAGGUGGAAAGAGUGCAGGGGAAAGAGCCCUGCUCAGGCGGAACUCUCCUACCUGAACAAAGCGAAGUGGCUGGAAAUGUACGGGGUAGACAUGCACGUGGUCCGGGGAAGAGAUGGCUGUGAAUAUUCUCUUGGACUGACCCCGACAGGCAUAUUAAUCUUUGAAGGAGCUAACAAAAUAGGCUUAUUCUUUUGGCCCAAAAUUACCAAAAUGGAUUUUAAAAAGAGCAAACUGACGCUGGUGGUGGUGGAGGACGAUGACCAGGGCCGCGAGCAGGAGCACACAUUCGUGUUCCGCCUGGACAGCGCCAGGACCUGCAAGCACCUCUGGAAGUGUGCAGUUGAGCACCACGCCUUCUUCCGGUUGCGAGUGCCAGGGAACAGCAAAUCAACCAGAUCUGACUUCAUCAGGCUGGGCUCCCGCUUCAGGUUCAGUGGCCGAACAGAAUAUCAAGCCACACACGGUGCCAGGUUACGCAGAAGCAGCACCUUCGAGAGGAAGCCCAGUAAACGCUAUCCUUCCCGGAGACAUUCCACGUUUAAAGCCAGCAACCCGGUGAUCGCUGCGCAGCUCUGCUCAAAAGCAAAUCCUGAUGUACAUAAUUACCAGCCUCAGUACCAUCCUAACCUGCACCCCAGCCAGCCACGAUGGCACCCACACUCCCCAAAUGUCAGCUACCCACUGCCUUCCCCCGUGCUCAGCACCUCAGAUCGGCUGCCCUUUGGCCUCGAGGAGAAUGGGGGCACCCCAUUCCCUGCCAAAGCCACGGGGAGGCACCACCACCACCGCCAGCACCACCCCAGCUACGGCCUCACACUGACGCUAGAGAACAAAGAAGGGCCUCUGAGAUCCCCGAACUCCAGCAGCAAGUCCCUUACGAAACUGAGUCCAGGAACACCAGCCCUGUACAGUGAAGCUGCCGCCCAUCUCAAGAAGCUGGAACUGGACACGGUGAAGGCUGCCGGACCCUGGCCUGCUCUGCACAUCAACAUAAACAAGGCUGAAGAGAAGAAGGUUUUGGAGAAGACUCUUCAGAGCCCGCUGUUGCCCUCCCCAGUGGCGGAUCAUGUCAAGUGUAACAUCCUGAAGGCCCAGCUGGAGAACGCCUCCCGAGGGAAUGCCCAGAUUGGAAAAGAGGAAUCAACGUUUGUAAAUAUCAAUAAGAAAACCAGUCUUCAGGACGCUAAUGUAAGAAGUCCUAUCCCCAUACGUGUGGAACCUGCCCAGCCAGAUGUGGAAAAGCCGGAAGUCAAGCCACCCCGAGUGAGGAAGUUAACAAGACAGUAUAGCUUUAACCGCAGUGAUGAAGAUGACCUCCCCCCGGACCUGGCCGAGGCCGUGGGAACCACCCCAGCUCCACCCACUAACAACUCGUCCACCAACACCCAGGUCUCCGUGCCGUUGGCAUCCCCGAAGAUCCAGAAAGUCAGCUCACCUCUGAAGGCAGAAGGCAUGGGCCCGCUGUCCCCAGGGGCCAAGAGCCCCUCUCACCGAGGCAGUGCCUUUACCUUGGAGCCAGGUGACCUUCUGAUGGAUUUCACAGAAGCCACGCCUCUGAUAAAAGCGUUCCCGGUCGACCCAGGGAACUCGUUUCCUGACCCUUUUACUACAGGACCACAGUUUAUCGCAGACUUUAGAGACAGUAAGUUACAGUGCUGUCCUGGCCAGUCCUCCCCGCUGAUCCCAGCCGUGACCCUGAGGCCUUUGACAGAGACCAUCCCCACAGUGCAGAACAUCUACACCCCCCGGAAGCCUGUGGCUCUGGCAGCCAGUGCAGAGACACUCCGGCAGGAACUGGAGAGAGAAAAAAUGAUGAAAAGACUGUUGAUGACCGAACUGUGACAUUCUCCCUGAUGCCUGGGGGUUGGCAUGGUGCCUUCUGUUCGUUUCCUUUCUUCGGG